GCAGGAGAAAUAUCUGCCCGAGCUGAUGGCAGAGAAAGACAGCCUGGAUCCGUCCUUUGUUCACGCCAUGCGCCUCCUGGCUGAAGAAAUUGAAAAAUUUCAGAGUUCUGACGGAAAAAAGGAAGAUGAAGAAAAGAAAUACCUUGAUGUCAUCAGCAACAAAAACAUAAAGCUGUCAGAGAGAGUACUGAUCCCUGUCAAACAAUAUCCAAAGGACUACAAUGAUGAAAUUCGUCAGGAACAAUUGAGAGAACUGUCAUAUUUGAAUGGUUCUGAAGAUUCGGCACGUGGACGGGGAAUUCGAGGAAGAGGAAUCCGUGUAGCACCUACAGCUUCUUCAAGGGGACGUGGAGGUGCAAUUCCUCCUCCUCCACCUGGACGAGGUGCCCAAGCACCUAGAGGGACACCAGUGACACGUGGAGCACUACCAGUGCCUCCUGUAGCCAGGGGUGUUCCUACCCCUCGAGCAAGGGGAGCUCCAGCUGUGCCAGGCUACAGACCACCCCCUCCUCCAGCACAUGAGGCCUAUGAAGAAUAUGGAUACGAUGAUGGAUAUGGGGGUGAAUAUGAUGAUCCAAGCUAUGAGGCAUAUGAUAACAGUUAUGCCACCCAAACACAGAGUGUGCCUGAAUAUUAUGACUAUGGUCAUGGAACAAGUGAAGACGCUUAUGACAGCUACGCACAAGAAGAAUGGGCCACAACCCGUUCCAGCCUAAAGGCACCACCUCCAAGGUCAGCCAGAGGGGGUUACAGGGAACACCCCUAUGGUAGAUAUUGAAGGUCCUCCUCAUCUGUGACCUCAUCUCAAAGACAAUUAAUAGCCUGUGGUCUCCACAUAAACAGCAAUGAGACAAGUAAUAGUCCAUUUCUUUUCUAUCCUAGGGAUUACUGCUCAUUAUUAUCCUAUGUACUACUUGUAUUUCCUAUAACACUGGAGUGACAUUGGCAUUAGUAUUAUUUUAUAACACGGACUUAAAAAAAAAACGAAAUUUUUUUU